AUGAAUAGUUCUAGAUGUUCAGAAAGACUAACUACGGUUUUAGUUAGAAAAUGUACUAUUGUUAUUACUGGAAAACUUCCCUUGUUGUGUCCAUGUUCUAUUCUUGAGCCUGUAAAACUUCCCUUGUUGCUUCCAUGUCCUACUCUUGAGCCUGUAAAACUUCCCUUGUUACCUCCAUGUCCUAUUCUUGAGCCUGUAAAACUUCCCUUGUUGCCUCUGUGUCCUAUUCUUGAGCCUGUAAAACUUCCCUUGUUGCCUCCAUGUCCUACUAUUGAGCCUGUAAAACUUCCCUUGUUACCUCCAUGUCCUACUCUUGAGCCUGUAAAACUUCACUUGUUGCCUCCAUGUCCUACUAUUGAGCCUGUAAAACUUCCCUUGUUGCCUCCAUGUCCUAUUCUUGAGCGUGUAAAACUUCCCUUGUUACCUCCAUGUCCUAUUCUUGAGCCUGUAAAACUUCCCUUGUUACCUCCAUGUCCUACUAUUGAGCCUGGAAAACUUCCCUUGUUGCAUCCGUAUCCUACUCUUGAGCCUGGAAAACUUCCCUUGAUGCCUCCAUUUCAAGGAGUUCGCCUCACUGUAGGUCAUUCAAAUGGCCACAAGGUUAUCAUAAGUGUAUCCUUUCAGCAAAUUCCUUGGUUUCACCCCAACCCUCAAAGACCAGUUCUUGCUUUACUUGCCCCAAUGCUACAGAAAACUCAGUUUUCACUUGUGUAA